AUGGAUGAGGCGGAGGUGAGGAAGCUUCCCGCCAUGGAUGAGGCGGAGGUGCGGAAGCUUCCCGCCAUGGAUGAGGCGGAGGUGAGGAAGCUUCCCACCAUGGAUGAGGCGGAGGUGCGGAAGCUUCCCGCCAUGGAUGAGGCGGAGGUGCGGAAGCUUCCCACCAUGGAUGAGGCGGAGGUGAGGAAGCUUCCCACCAUGGAUGAGGCGGAGGUGGGGAAGCUUCCCACCAUGGAUGAGGCGGAGGUGGGGAAGCUUCCCACCAUGGAUGAGGCGGAGGUGGGGAAGCUUCCCACCAUGGAUGAGGCGGAGGUGAGGAAGCUUCCCACCAUGGAUGAGGCGGAGGUGAGGAAGCUUCCCACCAUGGAUGAGGCGGAGGUGAGGAAGCUUCCCACCAUGGAUGAGGCGGAGGUGAGGAAGCUUCCCACCAUGGAUGAGGCGGAGGUGAGGAAGCUUCCCACCAUGGAUGAGGCGGAGGUGAGGAAGCUUCCCACCAUGGAUGAGGCGGAGGUGAGGAAGCUUCCCGCCAUGGAUGAGGCGGAGGUGAGGAAGCUUCCCACCAUGGAUGAGGCGGAGGUGAGGAAGGCCAUGGAUGAGGCGGAGGUGAAGCUUCCCACCAUGGAUGAGGCGGAGGUGAGGCGGAGGUGA